CACCCAGGCAGUGAUACUGGCACAUGACGAAGGCGGCGACCCCCGGCCUUCCCUCGCCGUCUUCAUCUCGCAUCGCAUCGCAUCUCCAAUCCCCACGCUUAUCAUCACCCUCUUCCCAGGAUCACAAUUCCUUUCAACUUGAGAUCUGAAACACACUGCGUCCAUCAUGGGGGCCCUCCUCUCCCUGCCUCUUCUGGCCAUCCCGAGCGCCAGUACGCUCAUCACCGUCGCAACCUCAUGUUGCGGCGCUGCCACUUGCUCGGCAGUAUGUAGUGCCUGCGGCAAGUUCCAGAACAGCAUGGCCACGAGAAUCGCCUACGCCUUCAUCCUCUUGAUCAACUCCAUCGUCUCCUGGAUCAUGCUCACGCCCUGGGCCCUGAAGAAGCUACAACACCUGACGCUGGACUACAUGGAAAUCAGGUGCGACGGCAAGGAAUGUUACGGCUGGGUGGCCGUCCAUCGGAUCAACUUCGGCCUGGGUCUCUUCCACCUGAUCCUCGCCUUCAUGCUGCUGGGAGUACGCUCGUCGAAGGACGGCCGCGCCGUCCUCCAGAACGGCUUCUGGGGUCCCAAAAUCAUAUUGUGGCUUGCGCUCGUCGUGACUUCGUUCUUUAUCCCGGAGUCGUUCUUCUUCGUCUACGGCCACUACAUCGCCUUCUUCUGCGCCAUGCUGUUCCUUCUGCUCGGCCUGAUCCUGUUGGUGGAUCUGGCCCACAGCUGGGCAGAACUGUGCCUGCAGAAGAUCGAGGACCACGACUCGCGGACCUGGCGCGGCCUCUUGAUCGGCUCGACGGUGGGCAUGUACGUCGCGUCGCUCGCCAUGACGAUCCUCAUGUACAUCUUCUUCGCCCACAGUGGUUGCGCCAUGAACCAGGCAGCCAUUUCGAUCAACCUGGUCGUGUUCCUCAUUAUUUCGAUCAUCUCGGUGCAGCCGAUCGUGCAGGAGUCUAACCCCCGCGCCGGACUGGCGCAAGCCGCGAUGGUGACCGUCUACUGUACCUACCUGACCAUGUCGGCUGUCUCCAUGGAGCCGGAUGACCGGCAGUGCAACCCGCUGAUCCGUGCCCGGGGGACCCGGACGGCCAGCAUCGUGCUGGGCGCGCUUGUCACCAUGGCUACCAUCGCAUACACGACCACCCGCGCGGCCACGCAGGGCAUUGCGCUCGGCUCCAAGGGCGGCCACAGCUACUCCGAGCUGGGAACCGAUGACAACGAGCACGGCCUGGUAACGCAGCAACCCACCAGCCGCCGGGAGAUGCGGGCGGAGGCGCUCCGUGCGGCUGUCGCCAGUGGCAGUCUACCCGCCAGCGCGCUGGACGACAGCGACGAUGAGGACGACGAAUACGACACCAAGGAUGACGAGAAGGGAUCAACCCAGUACAACUACUCCCUGUUCCACAUCAUCUUCUUCCUGGCGACCACCUGGGUAGCCACCCUGCUCACGCAGAACCUGGACCCGGAGGCGGCGGACGACUUUGCGCCCGUGGGCCGGACCUACUGGGCCAGCUGGGUGAAGAUCAUCAGCGCGUGGAUCCACCAAAUCCAAUCCGGCCAGGUAAUCGUCGACCUCAACUCCGUCGCGAAGGAGCUGGUCGAGAAUAGUCUCGAUGCGGGUGCUACGUCGAUUGAAAUCCGCUUCAAAAACAACGGGCUGGACCUGAUUGAAGUCCAGGACAAUGGCAGCGGGAUCGCGGAGGAGAAUUGGGAGAGUGUCGCUUUAAAACACCACACUUCCAAACUGACCACCUUCAAUGACCUCACGCAACUCACCACCUUCGGCUUCCGCGGCGAAGCGCUCUCUUCGCUGUGCGCGCUCUCCUCCUUCCACAUCACGACGGCGCAGGCGCACCAAGCGCCCAAAGCGACGAGACUGGAUUUCGCCCCUUCCGGCAAACUAAGCAAGACGCAGAUCAUCGCGGGGCAGAAGGGGACGACUGCGUCCGUGGAAGGACUGUUCCGGACAUUACCGGUGCGACGACGCGAGCUGGAGAAAAAUAUCAAGCGGGAGUACGGGAAGGUGUUGAAUCUGUUGCAUGCGUAUGCGUGUGUGAGUGUGGGGGUGAGGUUUACUGUGAGGAAUAUAGUGGGUGGCGGGAAGGGAGGUGGGCGGAAUGCGGUGGUGUUUAGCACGAAUGGAAAUGGGACGACGAGGGAGAAUAUUGCGAAUGUGUACGGGGCAAAGAUGGUGGGAAUGUUAGUGGGGUUGGAUUUGGAGUUGCAGUUUGAGGGAUCUGGAGGAUCUGGGGGCAGGGGAGGGAGUGAGAUCCUGGUGCGCGGCCACAUCUCUCGACCGGUCUUCGGAGAGGGAAGACAGACGCCUGAUCGACAGAUGUUCUUUGUGAAUUCGCGGCCGUGUGGUUUGCCUCAGAUCGCGAAGGCGUUUAAUGAGGUCUACAGGUCGUUUAAUGUCUCGCAGUCGCCGUUUGUGUUUGCCGAUUUCUGUAUGGAUACGGAUGCGUAUGAUGUCAAUGUGUCGCCGGAUAAGAGGACCGUGUUGUUGCAUGAUGCCGGGGCGUUGAUUGAGGCGUUGAAGGGCGAGUUGACCAGGUUGUUUGAGGCGGAGGAGCAGACGGUACCGCAGGCGAAGACGGCUGCUGGUGUGGGGGGGAGGAGGUCGUUGCCGCAGACCCCGACGAGGUUGGUGGGGAGAGGGCUGGGUGGGAGUGGCGUUAGGGAGAAGGAUACGGAGAAGGAGCAGGUCAGCUCCCAGGAUCGUAUGAAGAGUUUCUUGAGUGGUUUGGGAGCUGGGGAGAGGCCUGAGGAGCCCUCUGCGGGUCUGCAAGAUCAAGUUCAGGUAGGCCGGUCGCCAGCUCGUGUUCAGCCUGAACCUGAACCUGAAUCUGAACCUGAGGAUGAGGAGGAAGACAACGAGCUGUUCGUGAGCCAGGGCAGUCCCCCAGCCGAGACACAGGAUGCCGUUCAAAGACCACAGGAACCAGAACUUCAAGAAGAUGGCGGUGACGGUCACUCCCAAGGCAGUGCUGCUGAUGCACCUUCGUCACAGCUCGUCAACCCAGAGGACGAGACCCCCAACGCAGUGCAGAAUGCAUUCGAUCGGAUGCGGCCCAGACGCAUGCCCACGGAGGUUGCCACCAUCACCAUCGGUAACAGGACUGUCACGUCGAUGGUGGGGAGUGGAUUACCGAGGAAGAGGUCCUCGGAUGGUGUGGGCACUUCGACCCGCAAACGACGCAUACAUACGCCCUCGCGGGCUAGUAUCUUUGGGAAGCAUAUGAGGGAUUUUGCUGCUCCGGGGUCACAGUUGGGAGCUGAUAUGGAUGAGGACGAGGAAGAGGACGAGGAAGGUGGUGUUGAGGACGAUGAAAUGGAGGAGAUUUUCGACGAAGAAGCAGAAGAAACAGAAGAGGAGGAGGGAGGAGAGGCAGAAGAGGCUGAGGAAGAAGAGGCGGGGGAGGAAGAGGCGGAAGAAGAGGCAGAGGAUGAUGUUGAAGAUAUCAAGGAGGAUGGUUCUCAAGCCUACGCUCCAUCAGAACACGAAAGCGACCACUCCCACGGCACUGAUCACACAGACCAUGCCAGCAAAGUCGAAACUCUGUCCCAGCCCCGGUCAACCGAGCAACACAUGAACGAAGAAGAGAAGAAGCGGCACGAAGAGGCCGAAGUGCAGCGUCUGAUCCAAGACGCAGAAGACAGGGCAUCGCUGCCCCAGGGCAACACGAUCCUGCGCGCCAACAAAAUGAACAAAGGCGCGGCCCACCGCGACUCGACGGUGCAGCUGAUCAGCACCAUCGACGGCUCUCUCUCAAGGAUACAAGCCCAACUCAAGACACUCCAGUCAGGCCUCCUCCGCUUCAACAAGCACGCCAGCCCAGCCGCAGCCUCCACCGAGGCUGCGGCAUCCCACGAAACAGCCGAAGAGCGCCUUUCCCUCACAGUCAGCAAGAAUGAUUUCGCCAACAUGCGAAUCGUCGGCCAAUUCAACCUCGGCUUCAUCCUCGCCACCCGAUCCUCCCCCCCAGACACAGACACCAACACCCUCCCCCCCGACGCCCAAGACGAGCUCUUCAUCAUCGACCAGCACGCCUCCGACGAGAAAUUCAACUUCGAGCGCCUCCAAGCCUCAACCGUCGUCCAGAACCAACGCCUCGUCCAACCGAAACGCCUCGACCUCACAGCCGUGGAGGAGGAAAUCGUCAUCGAGAACCAAGCCGCGCUCGAGAAGAACGGGUUCAUCGUCGAUGUGGACGACAGCGGCGACGAGCCCAUCGGCCGCCGCUGCAGCCUGAUCUCGCUGCCCCUGAGCAAGGAGGUGGUCUUCGGCGUGCGCGAUCUGGAGGAACUGAUUGUUCUGCUGGCCGAGACGCCAACCACUACCGCCACCAAUGCCGCCGCUGCUUCGUCGGAUAUCUACAUUCCCCGUCCCAGCAAGGUACGGAAGAUGUUUGCCAUGCGGGCGUGUCGCUCAAGUAUCAUGAUCGGCAAGACUCUCACCGAGAAGCAGAUGACCAGGGUGGUUAGGAAUAUGGGGACGAUUGAUAAGCCGUGGAAUUGUCCCCAUGGACGACCGACUAUGAGGCAUCUUAUGAGUUUGGGUAGGUGGGAUGAAUGGGAUGAGUUUGGGGGGAUUAUGGGGAGGAGGAGAGAGGCUGAGGAGCCUGACGAGGAGGGGUCUGAUGAGGUUGUCGAUGAGUCUGAGUAG